AUGGAAGAUGGCAAAUUCUAUGCAAUGAAAGUGCAAAAUAUUAAAAAUUUAAUGACAAGAGUACCUAACAAUUACAGCAUCGAGAUGGUACGUAUACUUAGAGAGAUAAACACAUUCAGACUAAGCCAUCCCAAUAUAACUUAAUUCAAAGAAUCUUACUUCACCUUUGAAGAUGAGUUCGCCAUUAUUACAGAACUGGCAGAAUCAAAUCUCUAUACAUUCAGAGAAAACACAGAACUGACCAAUGCUCAGAUUGCUAGCAUAAUGAUCCAAAUAUUAAAAGGUACUAUCCAUCUCCACAACCAAAAUGUCAUGCACAGAGAUCUAAGCCCUGACAACAUUUUAGUGUUUUAAAAUGGCUAAAAAUUCAAAAUUUGCGACUUUGGAAUGGCCUAAUUGUUAUCCAGUUCAAAAUCUUUUGUUGGAAAACCAUUUUUCAAAGCUCCAGAAAUAGACUCUUGUGAAGAAUUUAGCUAUAGUACUUAAGUAGACAUUUGGUCUCUUGGAGUGAUUCUUUACUACCUCUGCACUAAGAAGUGCUAAUACUAAGGCAAAUCAAUAGAGAGUAUUAAAAGGCAAGAUUAGACAAAAGUUAUUCUACUUGAUGAUGAAUAGAAAGUAUUCGAGCCAGUCCUUAAUAAAAUGCUAUAGCUCAAUCCUGCUUUAAGAAUAGAUGCAAUUUAGGUGCUUCUAGAACUUUGCAAAGUUAAUAAUGAGCCUCAAAACAAUAAUUUGAUAGAAAAGCAUAUAUAAAUAGAGGAAGAAAAGCAGAGCCAAAUUAGUCCUUUUAUUGAUGAUAACUAAAAUGGAAAAGGCAGAGCAAUUUUUACAGAUGGAUCAGUUUAUGAUGGAUUGUGGAAGAAUAAUAUAAAAGUUGGAUUUGGAAGAUUUAUUUUUAAUGAUGGAGAUGUUUAUAUAGGUGAGUACAAAGAUGGCACAAGGAAUGGAUAUGGUAAAUAUUGUUAUAACGAUGGAAACAUGUAUGAAGGAUAAUGGGUAAACGAUAGUAAGGAAGGACUAGGAUAAUUUAAGUGGAAUGAUGGUGAUCAAUAUUAUGGCUAAUGGGCGAAUAACAAGAGAAACGGAGUAGGAGUAUUCACUUUCAAAAAAGAUAUUUAUCUUGGAUAAUAUAUGAAAAGUAAAGAUCAUGCAAUUCAGAUGUUAAUUACAAAUGAUGGUGGAUAAAUUGAAAUAAGGAGAUAUGAAAAUGGGAAAUUAGUAGAGACAUUACUUAAAAUAGAAAAUGCUCUAAAGUGA